GGUUGGACGUCGCUGUCAAUCAAACGUCUUUGUGCGUCAUUUCCGUUGUCAGGUGGCGCUGUCGCUGUGGAAAGAUGCGAGAAGCGGAGGCUUUUCCUUAAUUGCUCAUUUCAGUAAUAGAGGUUAAACAACGCGAAACUAAAACCUCCGAAGCUUCCCCCGUCUGAGAGAGGAGCUCCGUACACCCACCACAGCGUUCGCCUGAGAAAUGUCGAUAUUCUAGGAAGACAACGCAGAUCUUAGCCGGUGGUUUUGGCUUUGAGAGCUCCAGAAUGUCCAAAAGGCGCUCGUCAGAGAGGGGAGCUGGAGAGACAUCAGGCAGGGCCAGCAAGCUGCAGUGUCCUGGGAUAUCUGGCAGUAAUGCCAAGCGAGCUGGCCCCUUCAUCCUUGGACCUCGCCUGGGCAACUCACCAGUACCGAGCAUAGUCCAGUGUUUGGCCAGAAAAGAUGGCACAGAUGACUUUUAUCAGCUCAAAAUCCUGACGCUGGAGGAACGAGUGGACUCUGCCGGGGAGACCCAGGAGGAGAGGCAGGGGAAGAUGCUGUUGCAUACUGAAUACUCUCUCCUUUCUCUGCUUCACAACCAGGAUGGUGUGGUCCACCACCAUGGCCUCUUCCAGGAUCGCGCUUAUGAAAUAGUGGAGGACAUGGAGGCCAACAAAGUCCGUAAGAUGAAGAAGCGGAUCUGCCUCGUGCUGGACUGCCUGUGCGCUCACGAUUUCAGUGACAAGACAGCAGAUCUAAUAAACCUCCAGCAUUACGUCAUAAAGGAGAAGCGGCUGAGCGAGCGUGAAGCUAUUGUCAUUUUCUAUGACGUUGUGCGUGUGGUGGAGGCCCUUCAUAAGAAAAACAUUGUGCACAGAGACCUCAAGCUUGGAAACAUGGUGCUGAACAAAAGGACACACCGCAUCACCAUCACUAACUUCUGCCUGGGAAAGCACUUGGUGAGUGAGGAUGACCUGCUGAAAGACCAGAGAGGCAGCCCAGCCUACAUUAGUCCUGAUGUAUUAAGUGGUCGCCCAUACCGCGGAAAACCCAGCGACAUGUGGGCCCUCGGUGUCGUUUUGUUCACCAUGCUUUAUGGCCAGUUCCCUUUUUAUGACAGCAUACCUCAAGAACUGUUCCGCAAAAUCAAGGCUGCAGAGUACUCUAUUCCAGAAGACGGCCGUGUGUCUGAGAACACGGUGUGCCUCAUUCGAAAGCUGCUCGUGCUGGACCCUCAGCAGAGGCUGGCUGCAGGAGAAGUGCUGGAGUCACUGAGUGCCAUUAUUGCUUCAUGGCAGUCGGUUUCAUCGAUGAGUGGCCCCCUACAGGUAGUUCCAGAUAUUGACGAUCAGGUCAAUAACCAAGAACAUCUGCAGGAGGCCAAGGCGAUCGAAGAAUCUUCACAGUACGAAUUUGAGAACUACAUGCGCCAGCAGCUGCUGUUGGCUGAAGAGAAGAACACUAUUCAUGAAGCCAAGAGCUUUCUUACCAAGCGGCAGUUUGGCAACAUCCCACCAGUCAGGCGUUUGGGCCACGACGCCCAACCUGUCAGUCCAUUUGAUGCUACUGCCCUUGCACAACGUUUCCUCCGGAAAUAACCCUCGACCACCCACACCAGCCUGUCAAGCCUCCCUCAAAACUAAACAUAGCCAAGCAGACCAGAGAGGACUGAACUGGCACACAGGAGGACCUGUCUGAGCUGGCAAGUAGACAGAUGCAUAUAUGGGUUUUAGUAAGCUAACUGGAGCAGACACAAAGCUGCGUACCAGAACAGAUUCCCACCUCAGAGCUUCACUUUCCCAGUCUGGAUCCUCUCUGAAACACGGAAAAGCCUGGACGAAACUCCCAACUCAAAGUUUCUUCGCCCAUCUCUGGCCCAUAGUCACUGUGCAACGAACUCAUCGGCAUGGUCUAUCGUGGUGCUGAUGAGGUUCUGCCUACAGUGUUGAAGAAACUAUUAACCCCACGCUCCUCUUCCUCGCGCCUCUGAAACUUCCCCAUCCAUUCUGGCUUCCCUGAGCAAUACAGGUCCAGAAUCAUGUAGCAACCCCUCCUCUAUUCACAGUGGUUUGGUAUUGCCUCAAGUCGAAUCACUUGAUCACAGAUGUCAUUCAUGUAUACCUCCAUUCCUCCUUCCUUAUCUAGCUCUCAAUCUUUUCUUUGUUUUUUGCUGUGUUGUUCUAUCCAUAACUCUGAUUUCAGAUCAAUCUACCUCUUCAUCUCUGUCCGUCUGUUUCUAAACCAUGCUCACAGUUCUGAGACGAGGGAUUGUAACAACCGAGUCUCAACCCACCAGUGGCAUAAAGCAUUAAUGUUUUCAGUUGUUGCAAAACUGCUUUGAAACCGUUUCAGCGGUUUCUGAAAAUCGGAAUAAGCUUUGUAUUAUUUACCUGAAUAAGUAGCAUUUUAUCUCAGUAGACGCAUUGAAGAAAGAUUUGAAUAUCAAAGCUUGUGUUGAAAUUUGAGCUCUGCAUUGUCUCCUGCUUCUUGCUCAUUCCUGUAUAAAUCGUUUUAGCACCUCGGCAGCUAACGUGAGGUACCUGGGAGUCCAAAUGCCAAGAACUAAAUGAGGCCAAGUUAAUAAUGAUGAUGGUAACUCUUCCUCAGUGCCGCUACAAUGACGAUGAGGCACUGUUACGUUCCCAUUGCCAAAAAUCCUGUCUUAAAUUUCUUCUCAGCCAAGGAAACUGGUACUUUCAGACUCAUUUAGAAUUGUAUGACUUCCAGGUAGCUUCCCUGUGUCCUCUUAUCCAAACCAAUCAUGGGACUAGUGGGUUUUUCUCUCAGUGUGAAUGUGAACCAUCAUUUCUUCACUUUGAUGAAUCGGAAGUAUCCUGAAGUGUGCAUGCUGUGUGUGUGUGGGUUGGGGCCAGACAAACAAGUCUGUAUGAAGCUGAAAUUCUCUGACCCUUUAAGCUAUCCUUCAGUUAUCCUUGUGUCCUGUUAUCUGGCCUGCCUCUGUGGCAGACACUGUGAAACACAGAGCAGGCUCUGCUGUGGUGGGGCUUGACUGAAUGUUUUUUGGGAAUGACGUGAACGCUUUAAGAUUGAAAAAGAUCGUUUACAUUGCCUUUCAGACGUCUUAAUGCCCCUCACAAUUUGUCAAUUUCACAAUUAAUGAAUUUAGCUCAGUAUUUUUUGAUGAACAAAAAACGCUGCAUAAUUGUGAAGUUAAAGGAAAAGUAUUCAUGGUUUUGUUUUGUUUUUUGAUAAAAAUCUGAAAAAAGUGUGGCAUGCAUUUGUAUUCAGCUUCCUGAUUUAAUAUGUUAUAGAUCCACAUUUUAGUGCUAUUGCAGAAGCAAGUAUCUUGUCUGUCUCUACCACCUUUCCGCAUCUGGAGACUAAAAUCGUUGCUAAUUCUUUGAAAAUGUCUCAACCUCAGUUAACAUUCAUUUUAAGUCUUGCCGAGGGCUCUCAAUUAUAUUGAGGUCUGGACUUUGGGCCAUUCUAAGGCAUCAAUAGGUUUUUAUCUAGACAAUUUCAUUGUAGCUCUUUAUGUACAUUAAGAGUUGUGCUCCUGCUUUAAGGUCAACUUCUGAUACACUUUGAAGUCUUUUACAGAAACUAAGAGGUCACCUCUGAUCAGCUUGCCUGUCCUGCUGAAGACAAACAUUCACACAGUAUGGUGCUGCCGUCACAUUUCACUGUGGCGGAUAACAUGUACAGAGUAUUAGUUCUCUGCUAAACACAGCGUUUUACAUGUAGGCCAAAAAAGCUCAAUUUUAUUCCCCUCUGACCAGAGCACCUCUUUUUUUCCAUGUUUGCCGUGUCCCCUACACUGCAAAGGGAAUUCUUUUGGCUUUCUUUCUACAUUCUUGCCACCCAAUCUUCAAUAGUUUGUUUAAAGCCUUACUCUGCUUUAAACAACUGCACUUUAUGCCUGUCUGCUGUGUUCAUUGGUCUUCAUGAUGAUGUUUGUUCCCAGAUGUUCUCUAACAAACCUCUGAACCUUUCAAAGAAUGCAGUACACCUUAUGGGUACUGGUUGGGUGACUUUUAAAGGCAAUUUAUCUCAAUUGUAUUUAAUAGCAUCAGAGUACAAGGUGCUAAAAAUACAUGCCACACUUUUCAGAUUUUCUUUGUUUUUUAAACCAUGCUUCAUUUUCCUUUCUUUUCAGUUAUGUACUACCUUCUGUUGGUCUGUCACAUAUAAUCCCAGUAAUAAAUUGUACUGAUCCCUGAGAUAAUCUCAAUAAAAUACUUGACAACAUGUGAAAAAGUUCAGGGCUUGUAAUACCUCUGCAAGGCUCUGUAUCUGUUCUUCUCCCAAACUCACCUUGUACAUGCUCGUCUUAUCUCACUCUGUGGGCUCGUCUGAGCCCAGCCAGUGGUGGAUAAAUAUUACUGUAAUAUUCUGUACUUAUAUGAAAAUACAAACUCACAGGUUUUAUAAGUGCAGUUUCUGGGUUCGCUUGAUGCAUUUUUCUGUUUUUUUACAGAACUAUUUUUAAAACCACGGCAAUGCUACUAACUAGUGACUGUUAGGCAUUCGUACUUUGCAUCUUGCCUUUGCAUAUUGGUACCUGCUUUAUGGCUUUCUAUACUUUCUCCUAUUUAUAUUCAAACUGCAUGAUUAUAGCUUCUGGAUUUUCUUUCUCCAAACGUCUCUAACUGCUCUAUUUUUUUCCUUGUAGUUUCAUGUUGAUUUAUUUAUUCACUUGUGUAGCCCUUUCUCUUCCCCCAAACCACUGGUGCUUGUAUCAAUGACAUUGAUUGUAGACAGUCUAAACCUUUCCUUGAAACAAGGCCCAAAGCUGUUUGCUCUCUCAGCUUUAAACAGUGGUUCCACUUCAGCAAUCCAAAUCUUUUUCCUCCUCAGACACAUUUGUGAAAGAGUAGCAUUUCCUUUCCUCUAUGGAUUACUCAAUUGUUUUCUUCUGGUCACCUUAAGCUACACUAAUAUUAAGACUGACUUUUACAUAGUUCUAUUUUUUAAAGAAAUUAUGAAAAUAAAUGGAUUUUCACAUCUUAAUCUACAGGAAGGGUUUUUGUGGUGUACAAUUUUUCUUGCCAUUAACCCCUAAAUCUGCCCCCAUAAGGCUGCACUCUCUGGUCAGUAUGUAAAUAAUGCACCACGAUGACUGUGAUGGUCAAACUUCAUGUACAAACGCCCCACCCAGUGACUUACCAGUUCUGUUUCAGCAUAUGGUGAUCGACACAUUCUUGGGGCCACGUUGGCCGUCCAACAUCACAUCCAGAGGCUAAAAUGAAAUGUAUAGAGAGCCACUGGCUUUCUCCCAUCUCAAUGUGAAUUCUGUGGGUAUAUAGCAGUAUUGUAGUAGUCUAGGUUCAUCAGAAAAGGGUGUUCUUCAAAACUGUUAGCCCCUAAAUGCUAAUAUUUAGGGGGAUUAUGUGGGAAUUGUCUGAUGCAAUCCACCAUGAGAGAGAAAUACGGAUUAUUAACUGUUUAUUAGUUUCCCUGAUGAGCCUUAGAUUGUACUCUGCUUAAUGUUUAAUCUGGAUGUACUUUGGAUAAAAAGGUACAAUUCAGAACGUGCAAGGUGUGUCUGAAAAAAACAUUUAGUCAGAUUAUCUUCCCACAGCCAGGUGAGUAGUACACAUUUAUUGGUUUAAAUUGUCAGUACAGAUUUGAGAUAUUACUGACCGAUCAACCUGUAAAUUCAGCGCGGGAUGUGAAACAUGGAGUCACGAUGUGUUGUGAGCUGCUUGGUUGGAUAUGGGCAUCUAAAUAUAGAAAACUGAUUAAUUGUACAGAUAAACACAUUUGUAUAAAAAAACAUAUUUUUCUACUUCAUCAGAUCUCUACAUGCAUGUCAGCAAUAAACUUUGAUAUGGAAACGUU